UGCGCUCCGUGGCGCUCAUUUUAGCGGUUUUUGGGUCCCUCCUUCCAGAUCCUGCAAGACCCCUUUGUCCAGAGGUACGGGUCGAACAGUCUCAAAGGAGCGGUUCUAGAGGAUAAUAUCCAUCGCACUCCGUGUACUGACAGUGACAGUAUUGUCCAGGUCCCCUGUUUCCAUUUCUCCGUUGUCCGUUCUUGCCUAUUUGGAUGGCUGUGCCCACGCUCACGCACCAGGCUUAGGUGUCCAUGACUGCAGAAGUGGAUAUGGCCCUCAUGCAGGGCUCUGUGACAUUUCAAGAUGUGGCCAUUUGCUUCUCACAUGAAGAAUGGAAACUUCUUGAUGAGACUCAGAAGCUCCUGUACCUCAGUGUCAUGCUGCAGAACUUUGCACUUAUAAACUCCCAGGGUUGUGGACAUAUAACAGAAGAUAAAGAGCGGAGGGUUUCUACACGAGCAUCAAAGGCUUUGAGAUCUGAGACCACAGCAAAAACUGACCUCUGUGAAAAGUGUGUCCCAAUUCUGCAAGACAUUUUGUGCCUGCCUGGUCUUCCUGGGCAGAAGCAUAAUAUAGAGGCAAGUUCAAAAGUUGAUCAGCACCAAAACCAUGACAGUACAGCAGAACCCUUGAAGAAGAAUGCUGACAGGGCUUCAUACUUGAAUCGAUACCUGUUCUACCUGUCAGCAAAAUCCUUUCCCAGUUGGGAUGUUGAAAAGGACCUCCCAGACAUACUGAACCUUCUGAAGUCUCAGGUCUGUCCCAAAACUAAGAAGCCCAGAAAAAGCACUGAGGGUAGGAAAGAAACAAGUCCUGAAAGUCACACGUCAGAAGAAUGUCAGAGGCUUUCGAGUGAAAAGCAAACACUUGCUCACUAUACAAAAGGCUCAGCUGGGAAGAAGCUUUAUGAGUGCAGCAAAUGUGGAAAGACCUUCCGUGGCAAAUACUCUCUUGAUCAACAUCAGAGAGUCCACACUGGAGAGAGGCCAUGGGAGUGUAGGGAUUGUGGGAAAUUCUUUAGCCAGACCUCUCACCUGAAUGAUCACCGUAGAAUACACACUGGAGAAAGGCCUUAUGAAUGCACUGAAUGUGGGAAAUUAUUUAGACAGAACUCCAGUCUGGUUGAUCACCAGAAAACUCAUACUGGAGCAAGACCAUACGAGUGUAGCCAGUGUGGUAAGUCCUUUAGUCAAAAAGCUACACUUGUUAAACACAAGAGAGUUCACACAGGAGAAAGGCCUUACAAGUGUAGUGAGUGUGGGAAUUCCUUUAGUCAAAGUGCCAUUCUUAACCAACACCGGAGAAUUCACACUGGAGUAAAGCCUUAUGAAUGUAAAGAAUGUGGGAAAUCCUUUAGCCAAAAAGCUACCCUUAUUAAACACCAGAGGGUUCACACUGGAGAACGGCCUUACAAUUGUAGUGAGUGUGGGAAAUCUUUUAGUCAAAGCUCCAUCCUUAUCCAACACCGGAGAAUUCAUACAGGAGCAAGGCCCUAUGAGUGUGACCUGUGUAAAAAGUCCUUUAGCCAAAAGUCUGGCCUCAUUCAGCAUCAGGUAGUUCACACUGGAGAAAGGCCUUAUGAAUGUGACACAUGUGGGAAUUCUUUUAGCCAAUGCUCUAGCCUCAUUCAUCACCAAAAAUGUCAUAACGCUUAAGAAACCUCAUGAAAAAAAGCAAAUGUGGAUAAGCCUUCAACCGAAGGCCUAACAUUAUUUAGCUCCUUCAAAUGCGUACUUGAGGAAAGCCUUAGUUUUAUAGGGAAUGCCCUCCUCUUUUUGUUUUGUCUUUAUUUUUUUUAAAGUACUAUGACACUAUAGAACCUUUGCAGAGGAUCCAUCAGAUACUAUCUACAGUUGAUCUUCCAGUACCCAGGGGAGUGAAAUUCCUUAGGAGUUCAGGCAUAAGUAGGCUCAGAAGCUGGUUUGCCCACACUGAACUGGCCAAAACUCUUGCCAUUUCUGUCAGUACCAGUAUUUGUGGUAGAAGCCAUCAUUCUCUAGCACAUGACCAGUGUACAAUGAUUAUACCAUCAUGGUAAGGAAAGGCAAAUUGUGCAGAUUGCCUGGAAGAACUCUUAAAUGGAGUAUUUAUGGAGAACUCCCCCAGUUUUAACUGAUUAAAGUGAGAAUAUGGCUAAGCUUUCACCAAGAAGAUCAAAUUUAUUGUCUGCUGAAGGUGUUUACAACUUGCUUACCUGCUUCUUUAAAAAAGGAGUUUUAAAUCUGUGUCACAUGACAGUUAGGUGAAUGUUUCCAGCCUUCUAAUUACCCGUUGGACACUGCCUUCUCCCUAUUGUUCUGGUUUGAACACUGAUAAAUGCCUUAUUCCUAAAACUGCCUUUACUCUUAAGGGUUCAGUUUACUAAGUGGGAAGACUGGAAAACAGACUGAUGAUUCUAGGAAAGGAUGGACAGCUUUUAUAGAUGAUCUCAACUUGGUUUUCCUCUGCAGGGACAGCAAAAUGAAGAAAGCAAAUUUUUAUUGCUUCCCAGUCCAACAUCAGGAGCUACAGGGACUUUAUUAUCUACGUAUUCAUAUGAAUAUGUAUUCAUAUACAUGAAUAUGUAGUUGGAAACUUUCUGUGGUCAUCUCAAGGAGAUGUCUGCUAUUGCUGUAAGCUCCUGUACUUGUAGAAAUGAAAUGAAUUGGCUCAUUUUUCUCAGAGGAUGUCCUUAAAAUACCCAUGAUGCAGAGAGGCAGCUCAUAAGGUUGUACAAAGAAUGUCCCGAUAGGAAUUAUUCCAUAGGUGCCAGCCUAUAAGAUGACCAGUCAUGAUGUGAUCAGAGCUAGGUGUGAACCGUCAUUGGCAUACAAAGGGUGGGUAUAGUAGAGUCUUCAGCCAGCCAAAUGAAAUGUGGCUCUUGUAGAAGUGCAUCCAACAAUCUUUGUCUUUGGCUGUAAUCACAGGACCUAAAGAUCUGUAUAUUUGCAAUAGCUGAGGUCAUUGGCAAAAACAGUCUGGUUUUGUGGGAUAGUGGGGUCUACCUUGCUUGUUUACCUCCAGUUUUGUUAUCAACAUAGGAAAAUAAGGAGAUGAAGAUCGUGUCGUCUUAGAAUGUAGCUGUUGUGAUUGCAGUCCAGCUGUUGUAUUUGCAGUCUGGUAUUCACAAAAUUUCACUGCCAUUAUUUCCUGCAUUAACAAAAGGCUGCCCUUACUUGUAUAUGAGGACAGUUCAAGCAAAAUGAGGGCUACCAAGCCUUCUGGUUUCCAAAAAGUAGGAGUUGUGAGCUUUGUAUUUUGAGUCACUUUUUAUAAAGUUUACUGAUGUUUUAGUGAAAUGCAGUCAGCGCUAUGAUUUAUCCUUCAAAACGUCUUAAAGUUUAUCUUUGUGAUGAUGCACUUGUCUAUGACCUCAUACCCUGUUAAAAUCUUCCUUGUGUUUCCAGACUUAGAGGUGUUCGACAGCUUGUAUUUGACUUUAAAGAACAGUUUGUGAAUGAAUACAAAAGUUCUUUUUUUCUUAGAGAUAAUGUCUUUUAGAAGUACAUAAUUAUUUUGAUAUUCGUCACUAUUGCUUUUUGAAUAACUAUAGUGCUAUACAGUGUUUGCAUUUGUAACUAUACAACAGUCUAUUGAUCAUUUUAUUCAGUCGGCUCUUGGUUGAAUCCUUUCUUGAGCUGUUACAUAUAGUGGAUAUAAGCAUAUGACUCAAUAUGCUUACAUUUUUUAAUUCCUUGUGAGCCAGUAAUUAAGUAUAUGUGAAUGCUUCUAUUUUUAACAACAUGUUAACCUGAUAUUAAUUGAUCUAGAGCAGUGGUUCUCAACCUUCCAGAUGCUGCAAUUCUUUAAUACAGUUCCUCAUGUUGUGGUGACCCUCAACCAUAGAAUUAUUUUUGUUGCCUCUUUACAACUGUAAUGUUGCUGCUGGUAUGAAUUGUAAAUAUUUGUGUUUUCCUAUGGUCUUAGGUGACACCUGUGAAAGGGUCAUUUGACUCCCAAAGGGGUCAUGACCCACAGGUUGAGAACCACUGAUGUAGACAGUGUAUGAACAUUCUUGCUAGUACUUGGUGUGGUUAGUGUGUUUGCUUUGAGCCAUUUAAAUAGCUGUGAAAUAACACAUUGUAUAGACUUAAUUGCUUUUUUUGGUGUUUCAUGGUACUGAGUAUUUUUGUGUGUUUACUUGCCAAUGUAUGUUUUUAAUACUUGCCAGUGUAUGUUUUUAAUACUUGGGUUUUUGUUUUUUUUUUUUUUUUUGCCUAUUUUCAAAUGGAAAUUCAUGUUACUGACCUUAUCAUUAAUAAAUAGAUGUACACUA